AUGACUGGUGGAGACAAGAGCUACACAUGCGAGGAACUGAACCCAGCACUUCAUAUUAUUAAAGAAAAACUGAAGAGGUUUACUGAGGUUGAACAAGAAUGUAAGGAAACAGCAGAACAUAUCAGGAGUCAGGCCCAGCACACAGAGAGGCAGAUAAAGGCAGAGUUUGAGAAGCUCCACCAGUUCCUGCGAGAGGAAGAGGAGGCCAGACUAGCUGCUCUGAGGGAGGAAGAGGAGCAGAAGACUCAGAUAUUGAAGGAGAAGAUAGAAAACAUCACAGGGCACAUAUCCACUCUUCCAGACAAAAUCACAGCUAUAGAGAAGGCCAUGGACACUGAAGAUACCUCCUUUUUACGGAGUUACAAGAACAUCAAGGAAAGAGCCCAGUGCACACUGCAGGAUCCAGAGCUGCUCUCAGGGGCACUGAUAGAUGUGGCCAAACACCUGGGCAACCUGAAGUUCAGAGUCUGGGAGAAUAUGCUGGGGAUGGUGCAGUACACUCCUGUGGUGCUGGACCCCAAUACUGCAGCACCCUGGCUCUCUCUCUCUGAUGACCUGACCAUUGUGAGAGACACAGAUACAAAGCAGAAAUAUCCUGACAACCCAGAGAGGUUUAGCAGGUGUUUGAGUGUGCUGGGAUCUGAAGGGUUUACCUCAGGGAAACACAGCUGGGAGAUGAAGGUUAGGAAUAAACUUGAGUGGACUAUAGGAGUGGUGAAAGAGUCCAUCAGUAGGAAGGGAAAAAUAACAUGCAGCCCAGAGAGAGGAUUCUGGGUCUUAAUGCUGAGGAAUGGUGGUAAGUACAGAGCAGGAGGAGGUACUGAGCUCACACUGAAGAGGAAGCCCCAGAGCAUCAGAGUGCAGCUGGACUAUGACAGGGGGGAGGUGUCCUUCUUUGACUCCAGUGACAUGUCAGUCAUUUACAUUUUUACAGACACUUUUACUGAGAGAGUGUUCCCAUACUUCUCUCCCUGUUUGAAAAAAGAUAAGAAUGAUGGACCCCUGCAGAUAUGCCCAGGGAAAGUAGUGGUAACAAUGACUUAAUCCGAGUGAAAAUAAUCAUAUAAAUUAUAGAUGCUGUACUUGUAAGGACAUUUGGCUGUUUCUAAUCUGCCUCAGCAUGCCUGGUUGUUGACUUGAACUAGGGUAGACCUACUGGACAUGUGAAAUGAUCAAAGGAGGGUGGUUGAUGUAUUUCAGAUCCAAAUAGGAGGCACAUGCACAGAGAUAACAAUGACCAUUUGGUUAAUGCAAUGAAUGCAUGUAUGUUAAUUUGGGAUCAACCUGUCGGAGACAUUUAAAUACAAAGGAGGGUGUUUUAAUAGUCUGUCAGAAGGGAACAGACAUGCAUACAGAGGUACCUUGUUGGGAAAGGGGUAUAAAGCUGGUGCUUGAACAACAUUGUAUUGCAACUGAUCUGCUUUUGUAUUGCAACUGAACUUUUACCUGCUUUUUUCAUGCUGUACUGGAGUCUAUUUUUGCUUGUUAAUAUAAAUUGUUCGGAACUACAAAUUUUACUUUACAAAGGACCACAUUUUUUCAUACUGAAAGAGUACUAUGGAGGAAAUCAAUUUAGUAAUUAUAAUUAAUUAAUUGCCUUUUCGUUAUUAAUUAUUUUGUUGAGAGUUGAGAACUGUACAUGCACUUUUGAUAAUGGGUUUUGUUUUUUUUAAAAUCAGAUUUUUAUUUCAUUUGUUUAUACAUAAAACAGAUGAGCUCUUGUGGUUAAUUAAAAUGCUUUUAUACCUGUUUGGUGUCA